ACCAGUUCGAACCAGACGUCCGCGUGUUCCAGUGGUACGCUGGCAUUCACGGUCCAUCCGUCAUAUUACAUUAUUAUUAUUAUUAUUAUAUUAUUACUUUUUAAUAUACCGACCGCGACUCUUCUCAUUUUGUAUUUUUCUUUGCGACUGCACAUAAACUCAAUAAUAAUAAUAUUAUUAUUUUUUUUUUUUACAUUUAUAUCCGACGAUUUGCGACGCGUAUACUGUUACAGCUACAGUCGUCAACUUUUUGACUUAAUAUAAUUUUAUACAAUAAUAAUAGUGCAUCGUUAACGGGUUAUUUUUAUUAUUGUUAUUAUUUUUUUUUUUUUUGUCCCUUGGAUUUUCCGAUUUUCAACUACGCCUGGCCAUAACGACACGCCAAGAGCACGUGCCAUUUUUCCGGAUGCUUAAAUGAGAACCAUCGCCCACACAUGGAUAUCACACAAGUAUUACUCGUUGUAUCAGGCGUUUUCCUAACCUGUGAACCAAUCGGCGCCCAAGAUGACUCGUCAUUGACGUACCGAGUGUCUGCUGACCGAAUUGUACAGGACACCAGUAAUUAUGUAGAAACUCGGAGCGCGGAGCAAAAGUUUUUGAAAAAGUAUAUGCUAUCGCCUGACGUAACAUGCAAUGACGGAUCCCCAGCAGGAUUUUACGUGCGCCAUUCAAACUAUAGCAAAACGUGGAUAGUGUUUCUUGAAGAGGGUUGGUGUUGUUAUGACAAACAGAGCUGUGACGAACGGUGGUCACGAGCCGAGUACCUCAUGUCAUCAAAAGAAUGGCCUGAAACUCGAACAGUCGGAGGAAUAUUAUCCAAUAAUGCAGCUGAAAAUCCUUACUGGUGGCAGGCAAAUCACGUUUUUGUACCAUAUUGUACUAGUGAUAUAUGGUCAGGUCGAAGAGCAGAACCACAACACGGGUCAAAAUUCACUUUUAUGGGCUCCAUAGUGAUUAAGCAAGUCAUCAGAGAGCUAUUAACUAUAGGUUUGGCCAAUGCCAACGCUCUCAUACUCUCAGGAAGCAGUGCUGGGGGUGUUGGAGUCAUGUUGAAUCUUGAUCCCAUUCAAAAGAUGUUGAGACAGUAUAGCGGUAUGUCAGUUCACGGUAUCACAGACUCCGGUUGGUUCGUAGACCAACGGCCAUACCAUUUUGAAGACGAAGGGGGUGCGUCGACAUCGCCGAUCGAAGCCGUGAAACUAGGCAUCCCUUACUGGCAUAGUCAGAUACCAUCCAGGUGCCGGAAUCUCUACAUCAAUGAGCCUUCCAAGUGUUUUAUCGGUUACAAGAUUUAUCCUACAUUAUCGGUCCCGUUGUUCGUAUUUCAAUGGCUAUACGACGAGUUCCAGCUGAAAAAUGACGUCGGCACACCAGUCACCAAACAGCAAUGGGACUACAUACACAAGAUGGGCGAAGGGCUUCGAAAAUCAUUACUAAACGUCACGUCGGUGUUCGCCCCGUCAUGUGUUUCGCAUACGGUGCUCACGAAGAAAUAUUGGAAGAACAUCAAGAUCGACUCGGUGUCCCUCCCUACGGCGUUGCACUGUUGGCAAAUCGAAACGAGGUUCGCAAAGAUUAACGGAAACGGCAACAACAAUAACAACAAUAACAACAAUAACUACAGCAACAAGUCUAGACCGGGCCGUGCGAACGGCAACGGCAACCGCAACAGCGGUACGGGAGGCCAUAACAAGAGACUGACGAAAAUAGAUAGGCAGACGGCAGCAGAUAAUACUACCAAGAGGAAACAGAAUAAAAUGCACCGCAACGAUCAUCGAUCUGGAGCAAUGGUUCAUAGAAAACGCAGACGUCACCACAAAAACCAUGGUGGCUGCAGGCACCAACACAUACAGAGCUGCACUUGGCCGCAAUGCAACAACUCAUGUCCGAAACUUCAAAAUCCAGCAACGGGUGAAGAAGUGGACUUCAUCGAAUUGCUGCAAUCGUUCGGGGUGAAUAUACCAAACCUAUCAUCCGAACUGGGAAUUGACAUGGAAUCACUGAUCCACAUGGAUCAAGAAGAGCUGCUGAACCUACUCACCCAGCAGUCCAAUUAAACCAGUUCGGAAUUGAUUAUUAUUAUGAUUUGGGAUGGGAGGGGGGUUGGUAGUAGUUCGGGGGACGGGGUGUGCAUUAUGAGGUGGGAUAAGGGAUGGGUCGACGCGGGAUUUUAAAUAUUAUUAUAUUUAUUGGGGUGUUUUGUGUCUAAAUUACUGGAACGUGUCAAAUUUUACCAAAAAAAAAAAAAAAAAAAAAAUAGAAAAUAUUAACAUUAACAAAACCGUUUGUACAUAUAUAUAUUUUUUUUUUAAUUUAGCGUACGAAAAAAACAGUCAAUUCCCCCCUUUUUUAUGUAAAUAAGUUAUUUGUACAUUUUGUUAAAGGAAACCAAGCUCUAGACUAAAACGUUGAAACAGUAAUUACCUGUUUUGAAAGUAUAUGUGUACUUGAACUUGGUUACUUAUGAGUACAAUUAUUCCUUUUUGGGGGGUCAAUAUAUUUUUUUCCAAUACACAACUGUAUACCAAACUACCUGUUCCUUAAUUUUUUAAACUAGUUUAACACCUAAUGUUUUAAUUAUUAUAUAUACUUAAUAGUAAGUCGAUAUGAUAACGUAUUUGUACAUUUUAUAGAUGCGGUUUUUUUAAAUUUUAAAUAACAAUUUAAACAAACCAUUAAAUUAGAUUUAACUAGCUAGGUACCUUAAACUUACGCACGUACUUGCACACUGCAAGGUCAAGUCAUAUGAACCGCAUUUAUAGAAUACCAAACAUUAAACAGUUUAGUAAUAAGGAAUACUACUAUUUUAGAUUGUUAGGAACUAAAAUUCCUAAACUUCUGACUUAAAAUAAUCCAUCAAAAUUAAUUGAAAAAAAAGUAGUUUUUAUCUGCAUUUAUUUAUUCUUUUUAUAUACAGCAGUUUUUAAUUAUUAUUAUUAUUAUUAUUAUUAUUAAGAUAAAUUAUUGAUUAAUUUUUAUAACUUAUAAAAUAACUAUUACCAACCGAAAUUAUUACUUUUGUACUUAUUAACAAUGAGUGAACAAUUUUUUAUUAUAAAUUAUGAAACAAAACCUAUGUAAUCAUUUUAAAAAAAAAAUUACUAUUUAUAACAUUAUUAAUUUUUAUUAUGAUUUAUGAGUGAGUGUAUUGUAUUGUACAAUGUACAUACAAAUGUAAGUGGUGAGCAUACAUGUGAUUGCACAACAUGACUUAAAAUAAAAUAAUUUACAUACAAAUUUUAUGAUAUAAUAUACAAAUACAACAUAAAAUAAAGUAUUCUUAAAGCCUUGA